UUGAAUAUGAUGCUCUAAAUAGAAAAGUUUCUUAAAUAAUUAAAAUAAUUUUGUUUUAUUAAAUUUAACGAUUUCAUAUUUUACUUGACGGCUUGACAAUCCUAAAAAUUUUCUAAUAAUCAAAAUAAAAGCAUAAUAUUAUUCCAUGUAAUUGAUUAAUCUUAAUAACUUCCUACACAUGCCACUGCCAGAUUUAUCAAACCAAACUACCAAGAUUAUAAGCUUAACAUUCUUUACAAUAACCACAAUUCUUAAAUUUGUUUGCAUUAUAAUAAUAAAUGCUCAAAAAGAAUCGCCCUGCAUUGCUGGUUGGCAUGUUAAUGAGGAACUUUCAAAUCAUUUACUUUUGAUCAGUACGGGAUUAGUACCGGACAUAAUAAUGUUAAUAAGUAUCGGACUUGGUAUGAUGUUUAAAACCUCAAAUAUUGGAGCCGAUCCUGGGACUAUUAUUUAUAAUUUUAUUAUUGGUAUCUUGAAUAUUUGUGCCUUAUUUCCCUUUUUUGGUAUCGAGGAUUGCAAAAGUGAUAGUUUGGGGAAAAUUAAAUCGGUUGGUAUAUACGCAACACUAGCGGGAAUCUUGCAUAUAGCAAACGGAGUGGUUUGUUUAAUAUUUUUAGCUCCAGAGGAAAGAUCUGAACCAGAUUCGCAACCUUCAACUUCAAAUCCAACACCCAGUAAAAAUUCUGAGCCGAAACCUUCUUCUUCUAAAGUAUCCUCUAAAAAAUAAUUUAUUUUCUUUACAAAGUUCUUUAUGAUUUGUUAUUUAUAAUUUAUCAUUUAUAUAAGUCAAAGCUAUUUAUUAAUGUUGCUGUAGAAUUAAAAAGAAAAAAACUUAAAUACAUACAAACA